AUUCAAUUUCUUUAUGUUUGGCAUAAAAAAUGAAAAGAAAAUUUCAUGUAACAUGGACCACUUAUUAUGUAAAACAAAUUGUGUAAACUAUUAUCAGCAGGACGUGUUUCUCAAAUCGCGAGCAACAGAACUACCGCUGUACUCACAGUCCAAUGUAGCCGGUCGAGCUGUGACCUCAUUUCCACGCUGCUUGUUGGUCAAAGUGGUUGCAGAAUUCAAUAAACUCUCGUCUUGCAAAUCCAUGCAAUGUGAAAGCAUCACAACCAUCACGUAAGAAUGAGACCGAUAAACUUAAUUCUCAACGGAAAUGUCGCUAUCAUUGAACAACAUCUAAAUACCUGUGACAUCAGCACUGUCAUCACUUUCCAUUUUCACUGCGAAUAAAGAAAAUACAAUACAAAAUCGUAGUUUAUAUCGGCAGAUACAACCAAAACGUUAUAUUUCGGUCGCUUCUUACCAGAUAUAGAGCAUUGUCUUGUUCGUGAUAUUUCAUUUUAUGGAAAUCUAAAAUGGAUGUACAAGGGCAUUGUUAUAGGUAAUCUAAGUACUUGGAAUGAUUUGAAGGACAUUUACAUGAAAAACCUACUUUAAAUGCACCGAAGUCGAACGUUUGACAUAACCAGUUGAGCAACAGGAGGAACGUUUCUGCGAGUCGUGUUUCUUUUCGGAAUCUUUUAUGGUUGCAAGACAACAAUAAUACGGAAGCGCCGCUUGUCACGUGACUUGGCUAACGCUCUCUACAUCUGUAAAUCUAUACCGUGGUUCGCCUUGAUCACAUCCAACUGCUCACGAAAUGGAGGACCAGGAGAUGCAGCUCAAAGUCAGGAGAGUGACGGACAAGUUCACAGAGAGUAUGUACGUCCUCGCUAACGAGCCGUCGGUCGCUCUUUACCGACUCCAGGAGCACGUUCGGAGGUCUCUACCUGAGCUGGUGCAACACAAGACCGACAUGCAGAGCUGGGAGGAGCAAAGCCAAGGUGCCAUCUACUCUGUUGAAUAUGCCUGCAGUGCUGUCAAGAGCAUGACCAACAGCAGCAUGUACUUCAAAAACAUCGAUGCUCUUAUUCGUCAGGCCACUCAUAUGAAAGAACAGAUCAACAACUCCCAGGGCCGCAGGAAAAGGACUGCAGACUCAGUGGGGCCCAAGGAAGGAGGAGAGAAGCACAACGCCGGGAUACCUCCGUGGACAGGUAACCGUGGAGGAGACACACCACCGCGGAGCUGAGGUGGAGGGUGAGCGAGAGCGCGGUGAGGACCGUGGAGACCGGCAGCAGCACCAGCCAGACCUCAGCCGGGAGAAACGACGACGCGGGGGGAGACUCCUUCACUCUCGCCUGCAGCGACUGGAGCUGCGAAAUCAAAGUAACCGACAAGAGGGACAUGAUGGCGGAUAAAACCCCGAGUAGAGACAGAACCGUCAGAGUCCGCUGGCUGUACUUCAUCUCGACGAGCUUCUCUAGAAUCCGAAAAGUCGUUGUUAGUAGGUAGUUUGCUGUUGCGUUGCAGCGCCCCUCAGACCAUGUGAUGUUCUCUAAAAUCCCCAGAUUACAAGUCCCUCCAACAAUGGACUUUCCUCCAUGAAACCAGCGUGUUGACGCGAUCCACGCACAGACACGGCUCAGUGGCCGGGACAGCUCCGGACAUUCAACGUUCUGCGUUCCCUGAAAAUGUGGUACUUGUUUGAGCGGCCGAUUGUUGAGGAGGAGUGGUUGGUUGGAGAGAAGGGCGCGCUAUAGCGGCAAACUGAUGCUGCUGUUUCAGACGGUCAAAACGUAUUUUAAUGAAGUAGUACUUUAAAUAAAGUAAGUAACAUUCAUUUCAGCUGACAUUUGUUGCUAGGCAAUCGUGGACUGGCCACAGUAUUUUAUUUACGGUCCAAACUUUGUUCCAAAAUCCAUGUUUUUCAGGUGUUUACAGUCUGCAGUGGUCAGUACCUUGGCAUUAGAUGCUUCAUUAUUUGGGCUGUGACGAUAAUGACAGAGUUAAAAGAUAUUUCAUCAGUCCAAUCAUUAUCGAAUGGUGACAACAAACAGGCCAUUCAUGUUUAAUUUUCCAAACUCAUCCAGAGUUUCCAUGCCAUCACAGGCUUGGUGACUUAGGUGGACAAACAGGAUAGAGAGACAUCACUCAGGUUACUUUACCUUGACAAUCUUUAGCAGUCGUUUGUAAUGGACAGUACUUUUUUAUCGGGUGAAAAUGUCUUAGGUUAGUGAUGGUGUUACUGAUUGUGACCAGCAGAAUUUGUCAGUUAAGUAUAUGCAAAUCCACUCACUCUGACUGACCUGCAGAGCUCAGGCUAACCAAACAAACGUUCAUCCUCUGUAAAGCUUCUUGAUUCCAGCUCUUUGUUUUGAGAGAAUCAAACGUCAACUAAUUUUUUUGUUCACACUUAGAAUUGGAUUGAGCUUUCUGAUAGUUUUGCCAUAUUUGUCGUAUUUGAAAUUCUCAGUCUGCUUCAUCCAAACAGGUGAUUUGAGAGGAACAAUGAGACUCACAGCUUGAAUAAUAUUUGCAAUGCUCAGCACGCCCUGUCUCCUCACACUAGUGUGACGACGCUGAUGCGGACAGAGAUCAGGUGGAUUGUUACUCAGGUGUAGCAGGGUUCAAGCAAGGUGCUCCAUUAGACAUCAAAAGCAGUUUAAAAACUAUAAACAUCAGGUGCUUGUGUGUUUAAAAAAAAAAGCUGUCAUUAACACCACAUUACCCCUCGACAGCAGGUAAUUGUCCUGAAUGAUCAGUGCACAGAGGUGAUUCCUUGAUCUCCUGAUGCCUCGAGAGACCAAUGUUGUUCAAUUCUGGAGGUCAAGUCUGCAGAGACAUUGCUGUCUAUUGCAUCAGAAACACAAGUUGCGAGUCUCUUGGGAGGUCUGUGUGGAUGUUUACCUCUCUGUGUUAUGUUUGCAGUUGUCGACACUUCCACAUAUUGUCCUAAUAUUAUUUUUGGACACACUCUGCAGAACAGGCCAAAAAUAGACAGCAGCACCCUUCGAUAAUGUGGAAUUACCUACUAUAUAGGUGAAAUAA